AUGGCUUCACCAAAAGAGCACAUUGAACAAAUACGAAGAACAAAGUUCUCUAUUGGCGGAAACGCUAAUCCUUUGACAGAAGAUCUUCACCAUGCUGUCAAGAAUCUCUCUGCGGAGCUUUAUGCAAAAGAUGUUCAUUUCCUCAUGGAGCUCAUCCAAAACGCUGAAGAUAACCACUAUAUGGAAGAAGUGAAACCAACACUGGAGUUUGUCAUAACUUCUGAUGACAUUACUGAUACGGGUGCUCCAGCCACCUUGCUUAUUUUCAAUAAUGAAAAGGGUUUUUCUCCGAAAAACAUAGAGUCCAUUUGCAGUGUUGGACGAUCGACAAAGAAAGGCAAUAGGAGCAGUGGUUACAUUGGAGAGAAAGGGAUUGGUUUCAAGAGUGUGUUUUUGGUUACUGCACAACCUUAUAUUUUUAGCAACGGAUAUCAGAUAAGGUUCAAUGAGAAGCCUUGUCCACAUUGCAGUCUUGGUUAUGUUGUUCCUGAAUGGGUUGAGGAGAAGCCAAACCUGACUGACAUAAAAAAGAUAUACGGUAAAGAUUCUCUUCCAACAACUACAAUUGUUUUGCCUUUGAAGCUGGAUAAGGUCGAUCCUGUUAAACAACAACUCUCAAAAGUUCAUCCGGAAGUUCUUUUGUUUCUGAAAAAAAUCAGGCACCUUUCUGUGAGAGAAGUAAACAAGAACCCCACACAGAACACUGUAACUUCUGUAUCCAUUUCAAGUGAGAUUGACUUUGUGACUAGAAAAAACAUGAAUGCCGAGUCCUACACACUCCAUCUCUCUGCAGGAGAAAAUAGGAAUGCUGAGAAGGAAUGCUCCUACUACAUGUGGACACAAAGGUUUCCUGUCAGGUCAGAAAAUGUGGUGGAAAGGAGAACAGAUUUGGAAGAGUGGGUUGUGACAUUAGCCUUUCCAUUUGAUGAGAGGCUUCAUACAAGCAAAAGCUCGCCGGGGGUCUAUGCAUUUCUCCCUACAGAGAUGGUUACAAAUUUUCCUUUCAUUAUACAAGCAGAUUUUGUCCUUGCCUCAUCAAGGGAGACAAUUCUCUUGGAUAAUAAAUGGAACCAAGGGAUACUUGAAUGUGUUCCAUCUGCCUUUAUGGACGCAUUCAAAACACUUGUCCUAGGAUCUGGUCAAGCACCAGUAUCUAGUUUGGCUCGUAAUUUCAAGUUCCUUCCCAUUGACAGUUCUGCAUUUGAGAAGUUUAACAAUGUGAGGGACAAAAUAAAAGCAAAACUGGUUGAAGAAAAUAUUGUUCCUAUUGAGACAUACACAGAGCAGAAGCACUUCUAUAAGCCUGGUGAAGUUAGCCGGCUACUGCCUGAGUUCUGGAAUAUUUUAACUAAAGCCAGGAAUGAAGGAGUCUACUUGCUUAACCUCUCUUCUCAUGAUGGGAGGAAGGUCUUGAGUUCUUCAUUUGAUACAAGUGAGUAUGAUCAAAUACUCAGCUUUUUAGGGGUGGAACCAGUUAAUGCCGAUUGGUACGCAAAGUGCAUCCAAAGUUCUAAUCUUGUGGAUGGAGUAUCGGAAGAUCUCUAUCUACAGCUUUUAUUGUUUGUUGCUAAAAAUUGGUCUUCAAUAUUUAAGGGGACAAACAUUUAUAGUAUUCCUUUGAUUAAGUAUGUGGCCUUGGAUGGAACUUCAUCCUCUUUCAGUCUUCAUGAAUGUACACAAAGCCAUGCAGGUGCCAAGCGAGUAGUAAUAACAGACUCAAGUCAGUCUAAUGCUUGCUCUUGGCUGAUCAAUUGGAACAAGGAAUUCGCGUGUGCAGCAAACCGUUUUUUUAUGCCGGAACGGACACAAGAAGCCAUGUCACGUUUGUCCCAGAGACAGACUUUGAUGGAAUGGCUUGUAGAUGAAGUAAAUGUUGCUAAUUUGAGCGUGUACUCUUUCGCAAAUGUCCUCUGCAGUUCUGUUAAAAAAAGCAGAAAACAUGUCAUAGUAUAUGCUCAUUUUUUGUAUCACUCAUUGUCAAAGUCGUAUUUGUCAAAGCGGGAGGUUGAUGCUUUAUGUAAUUCUAUGCCACUUGUUGAUAGUUAUGGGGCUGUCACCGAGAUAGGACAAGGGGUUCUUGUGCCUGCAAAUGUGAGCAAAUGGGCUGACUUAAUCGUUUCUAAUCCUUGGAGGAAUGAAAACUAUGUUGAGCUUGGAAAGGAGUACCUGAAUUCAUCAUCUUAUGCAGGUCAAUAUACAGAUUCUGCAAAGCUUAUUAAUUUCCUCAGAACUCAUGUUGGAGCCUCUGACAUACCUCAUAUAUCUCCUCCAAAUGCUGGAUUUUCAGCAGUUAAUACACCACUUACCAAAGAGAAUGCCUAUUUGCUUCUGGAAUGGAUUCAGAAUAUGAAGUACAAGGGAGUGAGCCUACCAGAAAGGUUUUUGAAUUGUAUAAAAGAUGGCAGCUGGCUUAAAGUUACCGUCAAUGGAUACAGGCCCCCCUCGAAAUCAUUCUUAAUUCGCUCACCGUUGGGGAAAAUUCUACAAAAAGGUUCUGUUCUUGUUGACAUUCCACUGAUUGAUGAGAGCUUCUAUGGGGAUAGAAUAAAUACAUAUGAAGAGGAGUUGAAAACGAUUGGAGUGAUGUCCAGUUGUGAAGAGGCAUGCAAAUUCAUUGGAAGAGAACUAAUGUCUCGUGCAUCUUCCUCCACUUUAAGUAAGAAUCAUGUUCUUUUGAUGCUUAACUUCAUCCGAUACCUCAGGAAUAGUCUUCUUCCUUUGGAUAAAUUUGUGAAAAGUAUCAAAGACGGGCCAUGGCUAAAGACAUCUCAGGGUGUAAGGUCUCCUGUGGGAUCUGUAUUGAAGGAUUCUGAAUGGGAAGUAGCAUCCCAAAUCUCUGACAUACCUUUUAUCGACCAAACUUAUUAUGGUUAUGAAAUAUGUAGUUACAAAGAGGAGCUCAAGUUGCUAGGAGUGAUAGUUGGCUUAAGUGGAAAUCAUGAGAUUAUCAUCGAACAUUUAAAAUCACCGGCAAAUUUGGCCUAUUUGUCAGCUGAGGCUGUUCUUUUGACAAUGCAUUGUAUGAGACUCUUGAAUGACCAAAGUAUACUCACUACUUCACUGAAAGGAACAAGAUGCCUGAAGACUAACAUGGGUUUCCAAAUCCCGACUGAAUGUUACUUGUAUGACAAGGUGUGGGGCUCCAUUUUGGAAAUAUUCAGUGGCCUUCCUGUCAUUGAUAAUAAAUUCUAUGGAGAGAAGAUUUUAUCUUACAAAGCUGAGCUUAAGAAAAUCGGUGUGGUGGCUGAUUUUGAAGAUGCUGUAGAAAAAGUUGCUUCCCUCUUUAAACUGAACGCAUCAAAAAAUUCAUUUAGCAAAGAAAAUGUCUUGUCAUUUCUUUCUUGUUGCAAGCGGCUAAAGGGAACGGGUCAUAAAUUUCCUUCUGAUUUUUCAACCAUUUUUCAUAAUCAGAAGUGGUUGUAUACUAAGAUUGGUUGUUAUAUGUGCCCGGGCGAAUGCAUAUUAUAUGGUCCGGAGUGGAAAUCUAUUUCUUUGAUUACUUGUCUCCCAUUUAUUGAUGACAGCGACAAAUUGUAUGGUACGGGAAUACAUGAGUACAAGGAAGAGCUAAAGAACAUUGGUGUUGUAACUGAAUUUAAACGCGGAGUGAGGUUUGUGCCAAAGUGUCUUAAGUUUCCUUCAAAUUCCUCCACCAUUACUCCGGAAAGUGUAUUUUCUUUGCUGGAAUGCAUCAGAAGUCUAUUGAGCGAGCAUAAGCUUUCCAUUGAUGAUGAGUUCAAGAAGAGAUUGUCCAGAAAUUGGCUGAAGACGCAUGCUGGUUAUAGGCCUCCAGAGAUGUGUUUGUUGUUUGAUUCAAAAUGGAGUUCUUUCUUUAGUCCAACUGAUGGGCCUUUUAUUGAUGAGAAUUUUUAUGGACCUAAAAUAGCAUCUUUCCAGAAAGAACUUAAUGCAGUUGGAGUCAUUAUUGACCUUGAGAAAGGGUGUGCCUUGCUUGCCAGUCACCUUGACUCUCUUUCUAACACUGACAAUAUUGUGAAAAUAUAUAGGUUCUUGGCCGAAAACAAUUGGAAACCAGAGAGGAAAAAUGACCAGAAAAUUUGGAUUUCUAAUGGAACUGAAGGUGGGAGUUGGGUCAAUUCUGAAGAAUGCAUUAUACAUGACCCAGAUAAGCUUUUUAGUUUAAAAUUUUAUGUUCUUGAAGAUAUCUAUGAUAAGAAAAUUCUUCCCUUCUUAACCUUUUCCCUGGAAGUAAGGACUAAGCCCUCACUUGACAACUAUGUUGAUCUUUGGAAUGAUUGGGAGAAAUUGCCUGAAGAAUUGUCGUAUGACAAGUGCUGUAAAUUCUGGAUGCUUAUCAUGAAACACUUGGGGACAAAUACUGAGAAGAAACUUUCUGAGAGGCUGGUCAAACUACCUGUAACCACAGGCAGUAAAGAAAUAUUUCUGCAGGAUAAGGAAGAUGUAUUUAUUCCUGACAAUCUUCAUCUGAAAAGGCUUUUUGAGCAGGAUAAAAUUUUUGUGUGGUAUCCUCAGCAGAAUUUCGGGCCAUCCUCCAUUGCUAAGUUGUAUGACAUCUACCGAAAGAUAGGUGCUCGGAAUAUCUCUGAAUCACUAUGCAAAGAAGAAUCAUCCUUUGUUAAUGAUGAUGGUGUUGAAAUGGUGCAAGUUGAUGGUAAUAACAUUUUCAACUUGAAAGGUUUAGUUAAGCUCAUUCUUGGUUUCCUUGCUUGUUCAAGCCUGAAAAUGGAAUCUGACAAGAGACAUGAAGCUGUUCAAGGACUUCUGAAUCUGAGUUUCUUCAAGACAAUUGUGCCGGUCACAGUAAGCUAUAGUUUAUCACUGUCAUCCGGGGACAUCAUUAUGAAGAAAGAUGACAGAAUGGUUUGCUGGGAUAAGAAAAGUUCCAAGUUUUUCAUCCAUAAUAAUGAGCCUCAGGGAAAUGAUCUGAAGUAUGCAACAUAUUUUUGUGAGACAAUAUCAGAAGGUGUUUUGACUGAGAAUCAUGAUUUUGUUCCGGCUCUGUCUGAAUUGAUCACACUGGGUUUUGUGUUGAAAUUCAAGAAUGAAGAUAUUGAAUUUCUGAUGGAGUCCAAGAAUUUACAGAUUUUCUGUGAGGAUGAAAAGUUCCUCAGUUCUGCCUUCCCAUCUGUCUAA